GCCGGGAUUUAUCGGUUAAACACUUGAACCGUAGACACAUGCUUUCUUACCGAUGUCAGCGCUGCUGGAGAUCAUUUGAAUCCAAACGCAAGCUUUCCAGUCAUGAGAAGCAGCGGGAUCCCUGCGAGACUAGAGAAAUGCCUGGUGCAGAAAGAUUUAUGAGUGCCGAAAACGAGACAGAGCUUGAGAGGGUUUGCUCCUCGGGCUCGGACGAGGAGACGUGGUGGAAUCUGUUCCAACUACUUAUCCCAGGGAUGCAGGGACGUGAUUUGGACUCGCUAAAAACCGAGUUCUGGCCAUACUAUAUCCACUUGGAUUCCUUCAUGAUCCCUGCGAUAACAUUUUCAAAUGCAUCAUUCCAGCUACUGGCGACUGGGCAAUCAACUCUUCAAACCGGCACACCCAAUGGAUACGAGUCUUUAGACCAAGUUUCGUCGGACUCCACAUCCGUGGUUGGCACCAGAUUGUUCUCUUCAACGUCAACACCGUCGUACACGUGGUCUGUCCCACUACUUGAAGUACCCGGAGAUCAUCAACGAAACGCAAACCCUCAGCCUCUACAGAUAUAUACACCAUCCCAAAGUGGGGUUGCUUCAACAAACUCCAACUCAGCCCAACAGUCCCUAGCUGUAUCAGACCAGACUCAGCUGCGACGAAACCACGAGAGACUCAAGGCUCGCAACUCACGGGCAGAAGCCGAAAACAGUGAGCUGCGAGAGAACAAUCGGUGUGUCCGAGCAGAUCUUGGCCGUGUGGAUUCAGUCUUGGAUGAUUUGUUGGCAUCAGAGGAUCUGCCUAGCCACGUAUUUGACAAACUUUCCGAGGUUUCCGAGAUUCUGCUUUUGAUCAAGAGCAGAAUACGUUGAUUAGAAUCAGCUUUGUUUCGAAGGAAUGAGUGCAUCCUGGUUGUUCUAUCGCCCUCUUAUUAGUC